AAAAAAAACUCUUCUCUUACCUGGAUGACAUCAGUGAGUCAGUGGCCCUGCUGUAACACCACCAGCAUCACUUCACCUCUCCACGUUUCCAAGUAGCUGCCUGUGGAGAGCCUCAUCCUCCUCUCUCGUUCAUUGGUGACACGAGACGCCCAUCACGGGGAGCCAGCUGCAGGGCAUUCCCUAUCCGCGUGCUCGGUCGGAAAUGGCCCCCUUUUCCCUUUCCUCCAUUGGACUGAGCCGCUGUCAGUCGGUUUCCCUCACGCUCAACACCGUCCGCCUCUCCGGUUCUCUGUCUGCUGAGACCGCCGUCAUAUUGGCUGCUAGGAGCAGCAGCGACCACGGCAGAGAAGAAGACCCCCACCAUGAUGAAGAACGGGUUGUCGCGGCGGUUAAAGAAUAAUUUAGCUUUUUAAAUAAUUUUGAUUAGUAUUUAACGAAUGAAUUUAAAAAUAUUCGGGAUGAUACCAUCAAGUAUCCGCGUACGUUUAGUGCUUUCAUCCGACACCGUGGUCCGCAAGGGGGAUGUAUGCCUGACUUCUCUUAAUAGCCAUUUUUUGCAGACAAAGAGAGCUGUUGAAUAGGGCUUUCAAAAGGCACACGGUAAAAUCGUUUAUCAUCCCAUCCCUAAUUGCAGCCAACUGAAUACCCCUUCCCUCACCUCUCGCUACGGUGGCCUUCAGGUCCCAGGGGCUCCUAUUGAUGAAGAAAGUGGGCAACAUGUGGAGCAACCUGAAGAGCAAAUGCCAGACACUCUUUCACAACAGCAGUUCAGGACCCAGUGAAAGCAGGGUUGAGGCCGAUGCCGUCCACUGUGUGGUGGAUAUUGGCCAAGGCAGCUCAGGUGAACCUCAGGCAUCAGGAGCCUCUAGUCCAACUCGGAGCCUUCUGCCAGUGCCAAUGGUAACAGCAGGACGCCGCCAUCAUAACUGUGUGUCGGAUAUCCCACAGAUUGUAGAGAUUACAAUUGACAAGGACACUGAGGAUGUGCGGGGGGGAUCAGGUGGUGUUCCCCUGGCCCGGAGAGACUCCUAUUCCCGUCAUGCUCCUUGGGGGGGCAAGAAAAAACACUCAUGUUCCACUAAAACCCAGAGCUCUCUGGAAGCAGAUAGGCGGUCUGGGCGCUUACGGGGGAGUGGGAACCGUAGGGACAGGCGCUAUGGAGUCAGCUCCAUCCAGGAGAUGAGUGACUCUGUAUCUGGAGGACGCAGUCUGAAUGCUCGGUCUUUGCGCCAGCGGCUAAGUGAUACAGUAGGGCUUUGCUUACCCCUGCCCGCUCGCAGACGCUCCCGCUCAUCUAAGAACCCGGUCACCUCCAAACGUAAGAUUCACCUGACAGAGCUCAUGCUGGAGACCUGCCCCUUCCCACCAGGCUCAGACCUUGCUCACAAGUGGCACUUGAUCAAGCAACACACAGCACCGGUCAGCCCGCAUUCCUCCACUGCCCUGCUGGAUGCCUUUGACCCGGCCCACCCCUCUCCUGAGGAUGAGGAGGAACGUCUGCGUGAGCGUCGCAGACUAAGCAUCGAGGAAGGUGUGGACCCACCACCUAAUGCACAGAUCCACACCCUGGAGGCCUCAGUGCCGGGCUCCUCUCUCUACAAACUGGGACCAAAGAUGGCUCCCGGCAUGGGAGAGGCCUCUGGGGAUGGCCGGGCCUCAGGCGCUGGCAGCUCUGUGGGUGCUGGAUUAUCAGGGGCCUGUGCGCAGGUGUUGGGGGCUGCAGCAUCAGCUCAGGACUGUGACUCUGAGGAGGAUUCGACCACCCUCUGUCUGCAGGCCAGGAGGCCCAAGCAGAGGCACGCCUCUGGGGAUGGUCACCUGAGCAGGCAGCAACCUGGGCCCUGGAAGGUUCACACCCAGAUAGACUACAUCCACUGCCUGGUGCCAGACCUAUUGCAGAUCACAGCUCUGCCCUGCUACUGGGGCGUGAUGGACCGCUAUGAGGCUGAGGCACUGCUGGAUGGACGGCCAGAGGGCACCUUCCUGCUCCGUGACUCAGCCCAGGAGGACUACCUCUUCUCUGUUAGCUUCCGCCGUUACAACCGCUCACUGCACGCCCGCAUUGAGCAGUGGAACCACAACUUCAGCUUUGACGCUCAUGACCCUUGUGUUUUCCACUCUUCCACCGUGACAGGACUGCUGGAGCACUACAAGGAUCCCAGCGCCUGCAUGUUUUUUGAACCGCUGCUUACGGCGCCUCUCCAUCGGACCUUUCCCUUCGGCCUGCAGCACCUGGCACGAGCCGCCAUCUGCCGCUGGACCACUUACGAUGGUAUAGGCUCUCUGCCGCUGCCCCCUGCCUUGCAGGACUUCCUCAAGGAGUAUCACUAUAAACAGAAAGUACGAGUUCGCUGGCUGGAGAGGGAACCGCCACUCAAGGUCAAAUAGGGUGGGCUUCUCCAUUGCCUGUACACACACUGCAGGAGGAUUACAGAACUUAAGAAAUUCCUCAUUAGCCAGUUAGAGGCUAUACUGACAUGGCUCUCUGUCUGGUGAGGGAUGGAAUUUAAAUGUAACAAGCUAUACAAGAUUCAUUCUAAUCUUUGUUUUAGUUAUUACUUACAUCACGGAAAAUACAUAUGAUUAUAUUCAGUAUAACGCUGUCUGGCAAGCACAUGUUUUUGUGUUGAACAGGUUGUUUUGACAGGGAGGGAAGGCACAAAUAUCAGUGCUUUGUGUCUUUUCUCUCCUGCUUUGUGCUAAAUGUCUGCCUGAUCCCACAACAUCACCCUGCCUGUAGACCUGCCUGCAUGCCUCCCUUAUUCAUCCCAAAUUGCUAUUUAGGCCCACAUGGCUACAUUGUACAGUUCACUUAGUGCUUUCUCUAUUUUUUUUUCUUCCUUAGCUUGUCAAAGCACCUAGUGGAGCACCUUCCCAAGAGGGUUUUAAUAUGUGUGUGGGUUGAGAGGGCAUCUGGAGAUGCUAUUGUUAUAUUGCAGUCAGAGCUUGUCCCAUGGAUUGAGCUACAUAAGGCACAUUCUUUGCCAUCUCUUUGCACGCGUGAGCAUCAGCUAAGCCAGGGACAGAUUCUGAGAGGGUCCAUAGAGUUCAGGACAGCACAUCAGGGAAAUGAAGUGCUUUCUAAGGACCAUUGUUACAGUUGUCACAGCAGUCAGUUAGUUCUUCAUUGGUCAUAGACUCUUGAGCUAAUUGCACACUUUUGUGCAUGUAUGCACACAGCUCAUUACACCCUGUAUGAAAUUAAGCUACUAGGGUAACAUUUUGAACAGUCUGGUGUCUUUAUGGAAUUCUGUUAUGAUUUUAUAAUGUUUAGUUUUACACCUGCUUCCUUCAGUUAGCAUCUUUUGGUGGCAUCUAGCACACAGAAAGCUUCGGCCCUCCGUAUCCUGGUUGGUUAUUUUUCUUCACCAGACUCUUGUAACAUUGAAGCAGAUAGCUUUGCACUUUGGUUACUGUAAGGGAAGCUAACAAGUCUUCUCAAAGGAAUUGUGGGCACGUAUGACAAGCUGUAGGUGAAGACAAAAGCUGAAAAUUCAAAAUGCCAGCGCCCCUUUAAACAUGACAAGGCUGGAUUCUAAAUGGGCAGGAGAGCUAGCCUCUAAUGAUACUUCAAAGACUUAACAAGAAUCUGCUUGUUAAAAUUGUAAAUGGCAACUCACUGGAUUAGAUUACAGUGCCCUUUUCCUCCAUAAUUUAGAUUUCUUUCAAAAAAUCAUGUCAAAAUGUGAUGAGCUGUUUUUAAGAAAAGCAUUAUGUCACCAUCAGGAAAGACGUGAUAUAGCCUUUUCUUUGGUGUUGAUGUCGUCCAUCUUACAACUAUAUAACUAUAAGGUCUCAACCCCAAGAUAUCCCCUCAUUGCCUGGUUGCAUUUAUAGUCAUAGUGAAAGCAUUGAGUGCAGGCAACACUCAACUCUCGAGAGGUUGGCAUAUCUUUGAGAGCUUUAGUUAUGUAAUCUGAAUGAUUUCAGUUUUGUUGCAUGGGACAAAAGCACUGCUGGCUAGCCGGUCAUUUCUGUUUUGUUCUCAUUGUGAAGAGAAAAUAAGUGUAACCUAUGUGCCUUUUUAUAGAAAUUGUUCCAUAAUCAGUUGCUUUGUAGUCCAAACCUGCAACAGGAGGUGCUUCAACACAGUCCACUUAGACACCAUCAAAUGAGACUAAAGAGGAUAAUAACACAGAGGUGCAUGAGCUGUAAGCUCUCUUACUCAUGGUGCACGUUAAAAUUUUUCUAACGGAUAAAAUUUCAGUGGUGCUAUGUUGGUUAAACUAUGACAGAUUAUUGAAAUGAUGAGUUCUACAUUAGUUACAUCUGUUCUCACUCACUAAUGCAUGCAUUAGUCUCUCGCCACAUUAUGGCCUGUAUGAUAGUAUUAGGUUGUUAGUGGGUCCAAUGCCAGCCCUACUGUAGCAUAUUUCAGUUAAAUAUAUUGAUGUCCAGCCGUCACAUGUCUGGGUUGUAGUCUGCAGCUUGACAUACAGAUCCUAAUUAGAGGGCAUGAAGGUUAACUCUUUACAGUGAGAGUUUUGAUCCAUCCUCCAAUGGCAUUGCCCCAAGUUGGACAUCAGCAGCAGUGUAUAAUCUAACUCAUCAGCAACAGCGUUUGUUCUAUCUCUUAGUAAUAAUACACAUUACCUGACUUUAAAAAAAAAAAGACUGGAAAGUAUGUGAUGAAAACCCAGCCGAUAAUGUGUAAAACUAAAAUAAGCUGAAACACACAAGAUCAUGAUCAAUGGAAAGCUUAAUUUAUAAAGGUGUCAAACUAGUUCAUAUUUUAGUUAGUGUGCAUGUGCGCUCAUGUGUCUGUCAGCCCACACGUGUUAAAGGUUAUUGUAGUUCUCAUUAGUAAGGAUGAAUCAUGAACAAAUGUCAGUGUGUUUCUUUGCCCCUGAAUAUCUGAGCCUGUGACCAAAGCUCUUGUACACACCUAUGUGUAAUAACUAGUAGGCUAAAGCUUGUUUAUGUGCUCAGUGGUGUUAGAAUUACGCUAAAUUAUAUUUUCGAUUUACAAACUAGUGAAAGCUAGUUCCAUACUACAGUAUGUUAGACUGCUCUUCUUUGUUAAUAUAUUCCUGGGGGUGAACAUGGCCCUGUCAAGCUCACACCUACACCCUGAAAUUUAACGCUGAACACCCUCUCUCUGCCAGACUAUUACCAUAUUUUCACUUAUUCAUCAGGCAGGAAACAAUACAUUUCUUAUGCAGGUGGUUAAACAUAUUUGGUAUAGGCAUAAGGAUUAAAGAUUCUCAUAUCUCAAUGACCAAUUUUAACUUUCUCUACUGCAUUGUGAACUGAUCAGAAUAUAGCAAACAUUUCUUCACAUAAAAAUCCCAAACAUUUUCCACUGCCCUGCACUUUGUUCUCAGAAAGCUUGAAUAUGGCAUGUUAAAUCACCUUUAUGUGUUAGAGUGGCAGGAGUGUGUGUUAAGUGGAGGGGAAUAAGGUUGACAUUUGAGUUGCUUGUAUGUGCACUUUGUUGUUUCAGGAUUUUUAGCAUCCACACUGUCAAAUAGAAGAAAUAUAUGUCUAUUUGAAAACCCACACACAUCAUACUAUGUUGCUCACUGUCACCUGUCUACCAUGCUACUGCCAGUGCCUAGCAAUAGCAUACAACUCCUUACAGUGCCCCACCCCACUCGCAGGCACUAAUCACAGGCUAAUUUUACCAUGUUGGGAUAUAAAUUUACUGGGAACUAAAAGGGCCACUCUGUGUUGCCUUAUGGCUGCUGUGUGGCUGAGGGAGGCCUUUUUUAUUAUUGUAUCCAACUGCUCUCUCUCCAUCUGGCCACAUCCCUAACAUCACUGUGCUGAUGUGGAGGUGACUGUGGUGGAGGGUGAACUAAGGCCUGUUUGUCCUCCCCUCUACUCUCUAUCCAACCCUGUUAGGGCAAUGUUAGCCAGAAGUUAACUUUAAGGAGCCAGGAGGUGGAGAGAUGGAGCUGGCUUCCUGUUGUGGCAACGGCUUGCUCACAGAGAGGGCUAGGGAUUUGUUGAAGUAAAUAGCACUUUAAUUGUGUAUUUGUGUUCUACAGUGUAGUCUGCAAGUAUAAGGACAGGGACAGGUUUUUCGCUGUGUUGGCUCUUUACUCCAGCAUAUUGGAUUUAAAAUGACAGUUGGGCUAAGUGACAACUUAAGGCUUUGAUUUGCAGACAUAUUGGGUGAACAUGGUGGGGAUUGUACUGCUUAUGUACAAAGGCCCCCACUUUUAAAAACUUAAAAACUUUAAUCAACCUAAAUCAUUCAUCAGGGGUGGGCGAUAUGACCAAAAUCUUGUAUUACAGUAUAUGUAAUAUUAUGUCACGAAUACAGUCAGUUUUUUAAUUGGCCUCACUUACUUAGCCCUAACUUUUUUUGUCCACCUGCCACUGUGGCUGAUCGAUUCCAAAACCUACUAGCUUCUCAGUAGAUUAUCGUUGAUUUUUUGGCUCUUAUUUUAACACCAUUUAGCUGGGGGCCGGUGCUUAUUUUCAAUGCUGGUAACAGUAUAUAUCAUGAGACAGCUAUUGUUCCAUAGAUUUGAUGUAGAAAUGGUUUAAAAUGACCAUACUUCAUUACAUUUGGGUUUUUUUUAUUUGGAACUUACAUACAAGCAAAAUAAAACUGCCUAACAUGAGACAACACAACUCAAGAGUAAAACUUAUUCUUUUUUUUGCAAAUGAAUGCUUUAAGGUUCUUGAACAGUUAAGUUUUCUCUAUUGACAACUUCACUCUCUUCCUCCAUGUCUGCCCAAAUCACAUUUCCUAGCGAGGCAGUUAAAUUUGCAAAAUCCAGCCCUGAUUUGUUACAUGGCCUGAUAGCUCCCGUGGUAGAAACGGUAUUGCCAAAUCUUUGGACGCAUUUCUACCGUCACAAAGUAUACCAUCAUAUCGCCAAACCCUGAGAUUUAGUAUUUGGUUAAACAUCUUUUGCAAUCAUAGCUGAAUUCUGUGAAGCACAUCCCCAUGAGCUGACACUAUGGUGAUGUUGUGCAAGGCGUGUCAGUGCCGUCAUCUCUAUUCUUGCUUGUUUUGGUAAUUUUUUGCCAAUCUGGUCUUAAGCAAGUAGGAACGCUCAGUCGCACUGAGGUCAGGCCAGUCAAGCUAAUUCUGUCUUGGCCCUCACUGAUUGACUUGUCUGUAUGUUACAGAUUAUUGUUUGUCUGCUUUAACUAAAGUUUGCAUAUUAAAAGAGCUGUGAUUGUCACUCUGUACAUCCAACAUGGAUUUAAAUGCUCAAAUUAAAAGCUGUGAGUUGGUACUUUAACCUUAUCGUAAUCAUUUCACAAUCAAUAUGCUGCACUACAGAGCCAAAACUGAAAAGUUCCUGCUGUCCAAAUAUUGAUGGACAGCACUGUUUGUGUUUUAGCUCAAAAUGGCGAGACUUGUGUGAGUGUUAACAAAAAGCCGGCGGUCCUGAAAUAUUUCACUUAUAUUCAGAUGUUGUAAGCUGUGUCGAUGGAGUUGCGUUCUCCUCCAUGCUGCAGACUUGGUGCAUGCGUGUGUGUUGUGCGGGAGUAUAUUAGUGUAUGGACAGAGCCACACGGAGGGUUCCAGUGGAGGGGAUGCAGAGUCGACUCGACUGUGAGGGGUGAUGACAGUGACUCCUAUGAACAAUGCUUCUCUGCCCCCACCCCCAACCCCUUAUUCUCAGGCAGGCCCAUUGCAAGGAGAGUCCCAGGACCCUCUCAACCCAGUUUUCCCCAUGGGAAAUAUCUGACAUUAACCGUAGCACAUGUUUGCCAUAUAACCCGUAGAUUUAGGAGAGGGGAAAAAAAAAAACAUUGUAUGUAUGAUGAAUGAUGGAGUUAUGUAAUAGGAGCCUGAUGAAAAGAUGUUUUAUUCUUCUGUGGUGCAUUAACUGUCUGGAACACAUACAUUUGCACACACUUGCUAUCACACUUCUUCUGACACCUGCACUACCCCAGGUAUUGACACACAUCCACACCCUCCCACCACCACCCCAUCCUAAGCCAGGGAUGUGUAAACAUGGACCACAUUUAGCCAGCACCACCUUUCUGUGUUACUCCCCCAAAAAAGGGAAUGCAAAGAUGGGUGUUUAUGUGUAUAUUCUAUGUUCUUAAGAAAAACAAAAUGCCAUGAAUUGAGCUAUUUUGACCUUAUAUUGUCAUUAGUAUGACACUAUUUAGCUGCACUAUGAGAGCCUCGUUUGUGGCAAGAAACCACUGGGUCUGAUCUGGAUGAGAGAGAGGCUUGUUGUGUCGCUAGCUGUCCCACUAAACUACAGCAACACCUGGAUGAAGGACAUCUAUCCCCCCCACCUCGGUACGACUCAUGGUUUCAGCUCUUAGAGGACAAACAAAAAAAAAAGAUAUUUUAAACUUUUUUUUCAUGUUCCCAUAUAUAUUUUAGAAAGCUGGGUUAAGUGCUAUAUGCAAACAGAAAAAGAUGUAUGAAAGAAUUAUUUUCCAUUAUUACUUCUCCCUAAUAUGCAAUGGAGUGUAGUGUAACAAUGGUUGCAAUCCUCUGUCACUUUAAUGCUGUAUGUGCACAUUGGUUGCUGUGUGGAUGUGGGUGCCGAGGCAACAGGACUUGACAAUGAUGGGAACUAAUGGUUGUCACCGCCCAUGUUCCCAGACUGCCUUAUUCGUUCUGACCAAUCACAAGAGCCCCCCUUUAAGUCCCGGGCCGCAGCCACUGCCACAGGCUGACCAAGCUGCCGUCAGACGAAUAUCGCUGUUCCAUUUUCUUCUGCUUUUCCUCGCUUUUCCUUUUUUCUUUCCUUUUUUUUUUUCUUUUUUUUUUUUAAAUUUCUUCCGGUCAGGUAGGAUUUGGAGCGUGUAAAUGGCAUAAUCAUGUUCACAUUUCACUGUCUGUUCUGUGUAUCUGCUUCACCAUUCAAGAGAAAAAAAACAGUUGUUUUCCAGUAUAACCUGUUCAUUUUUAAGAGCCGUAUGAUGCGACACUUGUAGCUGUCACUCUUGGUGCUUGGCUUAUGCUUCAUUGUCUUAAUAUUCCAAAUAAAACUGUUAAGUGUAAUCCA